UAUUUUACCUAGAUAAAUGAGUUGUUCAAGAAUUUACUCUAAUCAUAUUAGAGACAGAAAUUGCAGUCUAAUUUCUUACCUUCACAAACAUGAGAUAAUAGGGAAGAAGAGAAUUUCAACAGAAACAAGAUGAAUAAUAUAAUUAACAACAAGAGAAGACGUACCGAAAUUUUCCAGCACUACUGACUAGCUUGGAAAUGCACACAGCUUUUGUCUACUUCUACAUUUGUGCCCAUAUCCACACCUUCUUGAUCAGACACAUCUUUGUCUCUGUCUCCAUUCAAUUAUGGUAAUGAUUGAACCAUCUACCAAAUAUCACAUGGUCUCUAUCUUUCGUCGGUUCACGUACAUCAAACCUCAAUUUCGAAAAUGUUCCAACCAAACACGAAUAUUUCAAAAUGUGGAAGGCACGUAAACAAGAGUUUCCAGCAUUUCAAAAAUUUCGCACGUCCAACGGCUCACGAGAUGCCACCACUUAUAUAGACAACUCCCACAGAACUCAAAUAUAUAUACCCGUCUUACUCAAGAUUGUUGUACAGACAGAAACUCCUCGAAAAAAUAUUAAUUGAAUGUACUGCAGCUAAAGCAAUCAAAAAGUCCAUACCGAUACUACCACCAUGGAAAAGCCUCGAGUUGCAGUUAUCAUGGUUCCAUUUCCAGCUCAAGGGCACCUCAAUCAGCUGAUGCAGCUCUCUUGCCUGAUAUCUUCAUACGGUAUCCCCGUUCACUACGUUGGCUCAGCCAUUCACAACCGUCAAGCCAAAGUUCGUGUCAAUGGGUUGAACCAUGAGGAUGUGGAGAAAAUACAUUUCCACGAUAUCCCAACUCCAUCUUUCGCCUCUCCUCCACCAGACCCCAACUCGCCCGACAAAUUCCCCACGCAGCUCCAGCCGAUGUGGGAUGCUUCAUUAAGCCUACGCGAGCCCGUCGCUUCCUAUUUGCGAGACAUGGCGAACAAAUUCGAAAGAGUUGUUGUCGUUCAUGAUUCCUUGAUGGCUGUAGUGGUUCAGGAUGUUUCUUCAAUCCUUAACGCAGAAUCCUAUGUAUUCAACUGUGUUUCUGCGUUUUCUAAGGCCGUUUUCACCUGGGACCUCCUAGGCAAACCGUUGCCGAUAGAACAUCCGAAAGAGUUGCCCUCUCUUGAAGGAUGCAUAACAGAUGAGAUCCGGGAUUUUUGGGCUUUACAGUUUGAGCCAUUGAGUUACAGAGCUGGGGAUCUCUACAACACCUGCAGAUUGAUAGAACCAGCUUUUAUGGAACUGUUGGAAAGAGAAGAGAUUGCUGGGAGUAGAAAGAGUUGGGCAAUAGGCCCAAUACUCCCUGCCAAGUUAUCUUCAGCUAACCAAUCAGAGAGCCGAAACAGAUGCUUAGAAUGGCUCGAUAAACAAGAGCCAAAUUCCGUCAUCUAUGUAAGUUUCGGUACCACAACUUCCCUGUCAGAUGAGCAAAUAAAAGAGCUAGCAUUCGGAUUAGAGCAAAGCAAAGUGAAGUUUCUUUGGGUAUUGAGAGACGCUGAUAAAGGAGAUAUCUUCGAUGGACAAGUCAGAAGAGCUGAACUGCCCGACGGGUUUGAAGAGAGGGUGGAAGGAUUGGGGAUGGUGGUGAGAGAAUGGGCCCCACAGCCACAGAUAUUGGCCCAUCCAUCGACCGGUGGGUUCGUGAGCCACUGUGGCUGGAAUUCAUGCAUAGAAAGCAUUACAAUGGGAGUGCCUAUUGCAGCAUGGCCUAUGCAUUCUGACCAACCAAGUAACAGUGUCCUCAUAACAGAAAUACUAAAAAUGGGCCUCAUUGUGAGGGAAUGGGCACAGAGGUUCGAAAUCGUGAAAGCAUCAACUAUUGAGAAUGUUUUGAAAACGUUAAUGACAUCAAAAGAAGGGGAUGAGAUACGAAAGAAGGCAGAGGAGUUGGCGGCUACAGUUCAACACGCAACUCAACAAGGCGGAGCUUCUAGACUCGAGCUAGAUUCGUUUAUUGCCCAUAUCACAAGAGAGAACGAUAUGUUGGCAAAACCAAGUAAUCCCCCUGGUUCUUCUUGAUGUGUUAUUUAUGCAUCUACCUUCUUUCCUUGGAGGUUGUAUUAGUUUAAUCUAUCCUAUCAUACUUGGUUGUAUUUCUUCAGUCUAUCCGAUCCUACGUUUACAAGUAUGAAUGUUUAAUGUUUUUCAAAUACUAUAUUCUUCAUUUUUCUAUCAUCAUAUUAAUACCAAUCCUCUCAGUAUAUUUUAA